UUCUGAAAUAAACUAUUUAACUGACUGCCAGACUUCUGUUCUACUUCUGGGUCCGCUCGAUAAAACACAAGGCCUGUUAUUCCUGACUUUGGUAACUAAAUGAUACUGUAGCUUGACUGCCUUCAUUACUUCACACUGUAAACUUCAGAGUUGCUCCAGAUAGAGAUGACACAAGACACACCCGUUGCAUGUGCAAUGGAUCAAUGCAACGACUAUUUCGACAAAAAAGUUUUUGUCCUGUUGGUACAGCCUCGUCACCUCACCGAUAUAAGGUUCAGUUCCACAAUUAAACCGUCACUGUGCACGUUGACUCGUCAUGAUGAAGCUGAUUCUGUCUCUGACUCUCAUCGGGAUGCUCUGCAGCACAGCAGCUGCAGCUCUUCGGUGUUAUGAAGAUGCAAUCCGUAGACUCAAAACCUGUGCAGACGGAGAACUGUGUGCAACAAUUGCCGUACAAGUCUCUGUUCCAGGCAACUUUCAGACAAGGUUUUGUGCGCCGUCUUCACUCUGCAACCCAAACAACCAGACAUAUUCCUUCAACUUUGGCUCUUCUAACGGGACUGCAUCUGUUUACUGCUGCAGCACAAACAGCUGCAACAGUCAGAAUGUGCCCUACCCUGUUCCUCCAGUGAACAAAGAGCUGAAGUGCUACGUCUGUGACAACUGCAACGAGACGGUCCAGUGUAACGGGUUCCAGGACCGCUGCCUCAGUGGGACCGCGGCGAAUGGAAACACCAUCCACAAAGUCUCUGGCUGCGUCUCCAGGAACCUGUGUGAAGUCUCUGCGCUGCCUUUCCCGACGUCCAACCUGAACUUCACCCAAACACCAACAUGCUGUGACACCAGUCUGUGUAAUUCAGCCGGCACGUUCACGCUGAGCGCUGUUCCUCUUUUGAUCGGACUCAUUGUGCUUGUUGCCUUUUAGAACAAAGAGCAGUAUGGAGGUAGAUUAGUGCCAAAAUGUUCAAACAACACUUCUUCAAAUUCAAACGAAAAAAUAUUAAUCAGAAUAUCAAAUACAAAAUUUAAACAAACAAAAAAUAAAGUCAAAGACAAAAUUCAAAUCUUGAAAUCAAUUAUUUGUGCAACUGCUUGUUUGUUUGCUGCUGCAUUCUGUCUUUAAUUAUAAAGUAAUGUAUAAUAAUAUAUAAUACAAUAUAGUUAUAACAGUUAUUCAAAGACAGAUUUCUUUUGCAGUUACACAAAUAAUUUCAUUUCAAGUUUUGAAUUUUGUCUUUGACUUCAUUUUUUGUAAUUUAAAUUUUGUAUUUGAUAUUUUGAUUAAUAUUUUUGUGUGUUGUUUGAACAUUUUGGCACAAAUCUCACUCCAUAGAGCAGGGCCUUCGAUUUGAUUCAAACAGGAGGAGUUAGCUGAUCUAAUUAGUGUUGUUUAUGAUAUAUAAAAUAUAUAUACAUUCUGCAGCUCAAACAGUCUUUGUGCAGAAGGACACAGUUAAAAUGACAGAAAUCAGAAAAAAGUUGAAUUUCUCUGAUCAAUUAUUAUUUUUAAAUUUGAUUCAAAUGAGUUUUAUACAUAAACACUUUUCCAAGUGACCACAAGUGUCAGGAAAAAACAGUUUUCUCCACAUAUUGAAGUAUUGUCAUGAUGCAACCUUAUAGAUUCAAUU